AUGGGUUUGCCUCAUUCCCUUCCACAAACUCCGUCAUGUAUACUUCCCGCUCCAUCAUAUUUAUGCUGCUCAGCUUCCUCGCUGUGGAGAUCAACGGUAGUCUCACGAAACUACACAAGGGCGGCCCAACUGGCGAGCUCACAUAUUGCACUCUCAAUGGCAAAAUAACAUCAAUUGCCUGUGUGUAUCUCAGCGUAAGUGCAUUCUGGAUAUUGUGCAACUCAUUUUUCUGGGUUGACAUGCUAACGAUGGCAUCAGGCAAACGGCCAGUAUAGAGGUGGGUAUGCGUAUUGUCCGACUGCAGCAACUGUGAAGGAUCACUGCUCAACGUGAUGCUAAGAGGUGGGGAAGACGAGACACCCAAAUGGAGGAGCAAUGUU